GUCUAAUUAGGCUUAUUGUAUAGUGCGCUUCCAGGGCAGAACUUUUCCACAGAUGACUUUAGCCUCCAAAAUAGAUGCAGUCACCACGUCCACAGUAGUAUAACCGGCAAGUUGUGGACGUUUCGUCCGCCUUACAAAAGGCCGCCAGAUCUCCUGGAAUCAUCAGGAAUUUAUUCUCCCCCCGUACUCGCACUACCUGUUUGCUGAGCCUUCCUUGUGCUCAUUGCCAGUGCUUGCCUUCCUCUCUCACAGUGCUAUCUCAUUCGGUCUCGACAUGGAGACUAGACCUUACAACAGCGCGACGAAUGUUGUCGCCCUUCAGAACCUUCGCGCCAGAGCCGUGCCUGAUGUUCCCGAGGAUGUGGACUUUCUCAUGGAGCAUCUCAAUGACCCUAACUUCGACUACUAUGCUUCACCUUCCUCACCUACCUCAUCCACCACCGAGGUACAUGAGCUUGAGCAUAAAAAGAUAACGAUGUCAGAGUACUCCGGCGGUGCCUCGGACUUCGAUGUCGAAUCCCGAGUUGAGUCUAUGCGCUACUCUACGACUUCGAGAACUGCCACACCUUCGACGUUCGACUAUGACGAUGAGUCACCUUACCCUGAAGUUCGUGCUGCUGUGGCUAGCAUUGAUGACCCCACCAUGCACGUCAAUACGUUCCGCAUGUGGGUUUUGGGUAUAUUCUAUACCAUUCUCAUCUCGGCUCUUAACCAGUUUUUCUCUAUGCGCUACCCUUCCGUUAUCAUCACCGGUAUUAUUGCUCAGUUGACCGCCCUACCUCUUGGCAAAGGUAUGGAGCGAGUCCUCCCCACAACGCGCUUCAAUACCAUGGGAUACACCUGGUCCUUCAACCCAGGACCAUUCAACGUCAAGGAACAUGUACUCAUCACUGUCAUGGCAAAUGUUGUAGUGAGCGGUGCCUAUGCCACCGACAUUAUCGCGACACAGAAAGUCUUCUACAAUCAGACCCUUACCACCUCCUAUCAACUCUGCCUUGUUCUUUCAACGCAGCUCAUCGGUUUCUCUAUGGGUGGCCUUCUUCGCAAAUUCCUUGUUUGGCCCAGUAGCAUGAUUUGGCCUGGUGCACUUGUUACUUCCGCCUUGUUCAACACUCUACACAAAUCAUUUGGCAAGCCUGAGGGUCGCCACAUCUCCCGGGAGAAAUUCUUUUGCAUUGCAUUGGGAUGCAGUUUCGUAUGGUACUGGGUACCUGGAUACUUGUGGACUGGACUGAGCAUAUUCAACUGGGUCUGCUGGAUUGCACCUGACAACGUGGCCGUGAACGCGCUAUUUGGCACGUCCACUGGUCUUGGGAUGGGCAUUCUAACUUUCGACUGGUCCAUGAUCUCGUACAUCGGAAACCCCUUGGUGACGCCUUGGUGGUCUGAAGCCAACACGGUCGCUGCCCUUGUGAUCUGUUUCUGGAUCAUUACGCCGAUCAUCUACUUCACCAACACUUGGUUCACCGCACACUUGCCAAUCUCGUCCUACAUGACCUUCGACAACACUGGAUCGCCGUAUGACGCUGCUCAGGUGGUCGUGAAUGCUUCUUUCAACGUCGCACAGUACGAGGCUUACUCGCCCGUCUUCAUGACGGCAACCAUGGCUGUUGCAUACGGUGUCGCAUUUGCUGCGUUCUCCUCAGUAGUCGUGCACACAUUCUUGUGGUACCGCCGUGACAUCGUCCGCCGCUUCAAGAGCAGUCUCAGAGAUGAACGUGAUGUUCACUCGCGCCUGAUGCAGGCAUACCCCGAAGUUCCUCAGUGGUGGUAUGUUAUCCUGGGCCUCGUGAUGCUUCUCCUCCUCUUCAUCACUGUGGAGAUUUUUCCCACGGAUCUCCCUAUCUGGGCUGUUUGCGUUGCUCUCGCCCUCGCUGCACUCCUCGCGAUUCCGGUCGGCAUGCUUCAAGCAAUUACCAAUCAGCAGAUUGCCUUGAACGUCAUGUUUGAGAUGAUUGGUGCCUAUUUGCUUCCUGGAAAACCCAUCGCUGUCAUGAUAUUCAAAGCGAGCGCAUACAUGGGUACAAACCAGGCAGUUGGCUUUGCUGGCGACUUGAAGCUUGGUCAUUAUAUGAAGGUUCCCCCGCGUCUCAUGUUCACAGCACAGGUCAUCGCUGCCUUCCUCAGUUGCAUCGUUGUCACGCUCGUGCAGAACUGGAUGUUCGCCAACAUCGUGGACAUCUGCACACCUACCCAGCCUCAGUUCUUCAUCUGCCCGUCCACCUCCACCUUCGGAAGUGCCUCACUCCUGUGGGGAAGUAUCGGCCCUCACCGUCUCUUCACUCCGGGUGCCAUGUACAGCCCAUUGCUCUGGUUCUUUGCCGUCGGUGCCUUCUUCCCCAUCCCCUUCUACUACCUCGCUCGCCGUUACCCUCUCUCUUACUGGAGAUACAUCAACAUCCCGGUGUUCUUCGCAGGCAUCGGUGCCAUGCCUCCUGCCAAUGGCAUCAACUACGCCUCUUGGGCAAUUGUCGGCUUCAUAUUCCAGUGGUGUAUGCGCCGCUACCACUUCAGGUGGUGGAUGCGCUACAACUACAUCCUCUCCGCUGGUCUCGACGCAGGCGUCGCGCUCAGCAUGAUAGUCAUCUUCUUCCUUCUUCAGAUGCCGAAAGGUGGAAUCACGCUCAACUGGUGGGGUAACACAGUCUGGCAGCACACUGCAGAUAUAUUGGGCACGCCCCUCUACGUGAUGCCUCCUGGCGAGACAUUUGGCCCUUCGACUUGGUCAUAAAAAUGGUACAUCGGACAGACGGCCUUUGUAUUACUAUCUGUAAAUUCCCCACUGCAUGAUUCACUACGUAAACUUGUUUCAUAUACCUUUAACCGACCACAACACUGUCCUUAACACAUGAUUACCCUCUGUUACAUCACUUUCGCAUUACCAUUAUUUGUUUCGGGUUUUAGUGACUGCAUUAACGCACUUGUAUGUACCGAUUGACACAAUCAGACUAUAUGACACAGGAGUUGAUGAUAGGUGCACCGUUCAUCUGGCGCCACCAAAGCCAGCGCACUCGGACUUGAGUGUACCAAUAUUGACAUAUAGUGCAAGAUAUAAAGAUAUCGGCAAGUCAGACCAGUACAUUACUACAUUGCCUUCAUUUGUUAAAUAAU